GGGGGAAACAGGAAAAACAGAGGAAGGUGAACGUCAAACCUUUUUCCAUGGAGAAGAACAUUCGAGACAGCAACGAACAGAAGAACCUUCUCGAUCCCAAAACCACGCUAAUGGUUAAUCAAAAGAAGAAGAAGAACAAGAAACGAACAUAGAAAAUUCCAGAAGCGCGAUAGCCCAUUCCAUGGCUGAGCAAUCCUUCCCAUGAAGCGAACUACACGACAUUCGAAUUCGCUAGAACCUCUUCCUCUCUUCGCUACAAAUAGCCCUUCUGAUUUCCAUCUCCCUUCAUCUGAAUAAGAUUCCUAAAUUCUCAAUCUGGUCAAUAAAUCUCUUCGUUUCGGAUUCCCUGUUUCCGAUCACUAGAUUCUCUUCGCUUCGAAUUCCUGUGCGUGCAUUAGCAAUGGCGGAUGUGCAGAUGGGAGAUGUGGAGACCUUCGCAUUCCAGGCAGAGAUCAACCAGCUUCUCAGUCUCAUCAUCAACACGUUCUACAGCAACAAGGAGAUCUUCCUCCGCGAGCUCAUCAGCAAUGCUUCUGACGCGUUGGAUAAGAUUCGAUACGAGAGCUUAACGGACAAGAGCAAGCUGGAUGCUCAACCAGAGCUGUUCAUCAGGCUUGUUCCUGACAAAGCCAACAAGACCCUCUCUAUUAUUGACAGUGGCGUUGGCAUGACUAAAGCAGACUUGGUGAACAACUUGGGGACAAUUGCGAGGUCAGGAACUAAGGAGUUCAUGGAGGCACUGCAGGCUGGGGCCGACGUGAGCAUGAUUGGUCAGUUCGGUGUGGGGUUUUACUCUGCUUAUCUGGUGGCUGAGAAAGUUGUUGUGACGACAAAGCACAAUGACGACGAACAGUACGUCUGGGAGUCGCAGGCUGGUGGGUCUUUCACCGUUACCAGGGAUGAUGGAGGAGAGCAGCUGGGCAGAGGAACCAAGAUCACGCUCUUCCUCAAGGAAGAUCAGUUGGAAUACUUGGAAGAGAGGAGGUUGAAGGACCUGGUGAAGAAGCACUCUGAGUUCAUUAGCUACCCAAUUUAUCUCUGGAUAGAGAAGACUACAGAGAAAGAGCUGAGUGAUGAUGAAGAUGAGGAACCCAAGAAGGAAGAGGAAGGUGCCAUUGAGGAUGUGGAUGAGGAGAAAGAGAGCGAGUCCAAGCAGAAAAAGAUGGUUAAGGAGGUGUCUCAUGAGUGGCAGCUCAUUAACAAGCAGAAACCCAUUUGGCUGAGAAAGCCAGAGGAGAUCACCAAGGAGGAGUAUGCCUCUUUCUACAAGAGCCUGACCAAUGAUUGGGAGGAUCAUCUCGCAGUAAAGCACUUCUCUGUUGAAGGGCAGCUUGAAUUCAAGGCCAUUCUCUUUGUUCCCAAGAGAGCCCCCUUUGAUCUCUUUGACACAAGGAAGAAGAUGAGCAACAUCAAGCUCUAUGUCCGGAGAGUGUUCAUCAUGGACAACUGCGAAGAGCUAAUUCCAGAGUACCUUGGAUUUGUGAAGGGUGUUGUGGAUUCUGAUGAUCUACCCCUUAAUAUUUCCCGCGAAAUGCUGCAGCAGAACAAGAUUCUGAAGGUGAUAAGGAAGAAUCUCGUGAAGAAGUGCGUUGAGAUGUUCAAUGAAAUUGCGGAGAAUAAAGAGGACUAUAACAAGUUCUAUGAAGCCUUCUCAAAGAAUUUGAAGUUGGGCAUCCAUGAGGACAGCCAGAACAGGGCCAAGAUUGCUGACCUGCUCAGGUACCAUUCUUCAAAGAGUGGUGAGGAGAUGACCAGCUUGAAGGAUUAUGUUACAAGGAUGAAGGAAGGCCAAAAGGACAUAUAUUAUAUAACCGGUGAAAGCAGAAAAGCUGUUGAAAAUUCGCCCUUCCUAGAGCGAUUGAAGAAGAAAGGGCAUGAAGUACUCUUUAUGGUGGAUGCCAUUGAUGAGUAUGCUGUUGGGCAAUUGAAAGAGUAUGAUGGGAAGAAGCUGGUUUCUGCAACCAAAGAAGGACUGAAACUUGAGGAUGAGAGUGAGGAAGAGAAGAAGAAAAAGGAGGAAAAGAAGAAGUCUUUUGAGAACUUGUGCAAGACAAUCAAGGACAUUCUCGGUGACAAGGUGGAGAAAGUGGUGGUUUCUGAUAGAAUUGUGGAUUCCCCAUGUUGCUUGGUCACGGGUGAGUACGGGUGGACAGCAAACAUGGAGAGAAUCAUGAAGGCACAGGCUCUGAGAGACAACAGCAUGAGCUCUUACAUGUCCAGCAAGAAGACAAUGGAGAUCAACCCAGACAAUGGCAUAAUGGAGGAGCUCAGGAAGAGGGCCGAGGUUGAUAAGAAUGAUAAGUCAGUGAAGGAUUUGGUGAUGCUUCUCUUUGAGACUGCCCUCUUAACUUCUGCGUUCAGCCUUGAUGACCCCAACACUUUUGGAGCCAGAAUUCACAGGAUGCUGAAGUUGGGUCUUAGCAUUGAUGAGGACGGGACUGAUGAUGAUGACACAGAGAUGCCUCCGCUGGAGGAGGAUGGAAAUGAGGAGAGCAAGAUGGAAGAAGUGGACUGAGAGAUGUUGAAUUUGUGUGUCUAACAGAUUCUGGUGGGAAAGGGAUAUUGUGGCUUGUGGGUCUGCGUAACUUUGGUUAUCUGUUAGGCCUUCUCUUUUUCCAUUUUUUGGUCUCUUGUUGGUAAAUUGGGUGCUUGGCAUUUUCUGGUCAAUGACCAUGUCACCCUUUUGUUGUCAUAUUUCACUCGUAUAAUCAAAUGCAAUUGUUUUUGAGAA